AUGCGCUCUGCGAGCAGGACACUGGUUCAUCUUGUACUUCUUUUUCGACGCGUGUCACUUGAUGGUUCUAUUGGUUGUCGCCAUUUCUGCAUUGGUCAUCCUGCAUAUAUUUUUCCAUUAGUCCGAGCAAGAGGCAAGAGGCGCGACGUUCAUAUCCAGCGGGUGGGAGGAAGGCGGAAGCCUCAGCCGGCGGCGGCGGCGGCGACGCGCGCAUUUUAUAACCCCGAUAAACCGAGGGCAGAACGCAGCUGCGCCACGCCACGCCACGCCACGCCACGCCACGCCACGCCACGCCUCGCCUCGCCUCGCCUCGCCUCGCCUCGCCUCGCCUCGCCUCGCCUCGCCUCGCCUCGCCUCGCCACUGUAAUCGUCAUAGCAUCGCCGUUUUCCACUUUGCCCCUCGCCUGCCGCAUCGCCGCCGCCUCCUCCUCGCGCCGCGGCGUGACGGGCUAA